GUUAUUGAAAGAGAAGAGUGAAGCUUUUGGAAAGUUCAAGAAGUUUAAAACAUCGAUAGAACAAGAAACAGGCAUCUCCAUCAAGACUCUCCGAACGGAUAGAGGAGGAGAGUUUACGUCGCAUGAGUUCAACGGUUUCUGCGAAGAAAAUGGGAUUCAGUGACAUUUGACAGCGCCGUACUCUCCCCAACAAAACGGAGUAGUUGAGGGGCGUAACAGGACGAUACUGGAGAUGACAAGGAAUAUCUUGAAGCACAUGGGAGUUCCUAAUUACAUUUGGGGAGAAGUUGUGAGACAUGCUACUUAUCUCAUCAACCGCUCUGCGACGAGAACUCUGAUUUCUAAAACUCCAUACGAGAUGUUUCGAGGAAGUAAACCAAACAUCUCACACGUGAAGGUCUUUGGUUGCAUUGGGUACGCGAGAAUAGAAGCUCCACACAAGAAGAAGUUGGAUGAUAGGUACGAGCCUUGGUGCAUCUCGGAACCGAACCUUGUACUAAGGCUUAUCGCCUACUCGACCCAUCGAGCAGAAGAAUCACCGUCAGUCAAGAUGUAGUGUUUAUGGAAGAAGAAGGUUGGAAGUGGAACAACUGCGAGAGCAAUGUAGGCUCAUUCAGUAUUAAUCUUGGGGAGUUUGGAAACAGAGGACUUAGAGAAGUCGAGUUUGACGUGGAGUUUAAGGAAGAUGGUAGUGCUGUUAUUACAAAGAAAGCUGAGGAGGAACUAGACAAGAGCGAUGAGAUAAUUGAUAAGGAUGUUGUGGAGAUCUCUGAUGAUGAAGAUGAGCUGCAGGAGGAACCACAGCUCAGACUAUCAACAAGAACCAAGACAAUGCCGGAGUAUCUGUCUAAUUAUAUCCUCUUGGCCGAAACAGAUUGUGAGUGGCUUCUGAUGUCAAUAGAUGAGGAGCCAUGGAAUUUUUCAGAAGCUAAAAGUAUGACGGUGUGGGUGAAAGCGUGUGAAGAUGAGAUAACUUCUAUUGAGAAGAAUCACACCUGGAUUCUUGUUGAUCUACCUGCAGGAGCUAAAGCCAUUGGACUAAAAUGGGUGUUCAAAAUAAAGCGUAAUCCAGAUGGAAGUGUGAACAAGUACAAGGCGAGACUCGUAGCAAAGGGCUAUGUGCAGAGACAUGGGAUAGAUUACGACGAAGUCUUCGCACCUGUUGCAAGAAUAGAAACAAUUUGUCUCAUCAUUUCUUUGGCAGCUUCUCAUGGCUGGGAAGUACAUCACCUUGAUGUAAAUACCAUAUUUCUCCACGGCGAUCUUAAAGAGGAAGUUUAUGUGAAGCAACCAGAGGGUUUUGAAGUCAAAGGAAGUGAGGAAAAGGUUUAUAAGCUCUCUAAGGCACUUUACGGCCUAAAGCAAGCUCCUAGAGCCUUGAACUAUAAGCUGAACAAGAUACUGAGAGAGCUGAUGUUCACACGAUGUUCCAAGGAACCCUCACUAUACGAGAGGAAGCGAAAUGAUGAUAUUCUUGUUGUGGCUGUCUACGUAGAUGACCUACUUGUGAUGGGUUCAGAUUUGAGGAUGAUAAAUGAGUUUAAGGAGGAGAUGGCUGCAAAGUUCGAAAUGAGUGAUUUGGGUAGACUCACAUACUACUCGGGUAUUAAAGUACUACAACACGCAGGUGGUAUCACGUUGAGACAGGAAAGGUAUGCAUCAAGAAUCCUUGUCGAGACGGGUAUGGAUGCUUGCAACUCUGUUUCUGUGCCGAUGGAUAUGAACUUGAGACUGUCAAAAGCAGUAGAGGAGCGAGGUGUUGAUGAGAAGAAAUACAGGAGGAGUAUUGGGUGCUUACGAUACUCGGUCCACACGCGUCCUGACCUAUCGUACAGCAUUGGAGUUCUGAGCCGAUACAUGCUCGACCCCAAGGAAUCACACGAUGCGGAGCUGAAACAGGUUCUGGGGUAUUUACGCGGCUCUCUCUCCUAUGGUCUUACUUACAAGCGUGCAAACACAGUAAGAAUGUUAGGAUACAGUGAUAGCUCUCUUAACGUAGAUGCCGACGAUGGAAAGAGUAUUACAAGACACAUAUUCUAUCUCAAUGAGAGUCCUAUCACUUGGUGCUCUCAAAAGAAAGAAACUGUUGCAUUAUCUUCCUGUGAGGCUGAGUUUAUGGCGGCUACUGAGGCAGCAAAGCAGUUGGAGGUCGAACAUGUCUCGGGAAGCAAACAGAAGGCAGACAUUUUGACAAAAGGACUUGGGAGGAUUAAGUCCAAUGAGAUGAGAGAGCUUAUUGGUGUUCAAGAUGCAGCACAAGUUAACUUCAAGCUUAAGGAGGAGAAUGUUGGAUUUGAAGCAUCUGGUGUCUCAGACCAUUCACGCUGCAGAAUCCUUCUAGAGACGCCGGCUCUAGGGAAGAAACGACCUUUUAAAUUCUUCAACUUCCUGGCUAACCAUCCUGACUUCACCACAAUUGUAGCGGAAUCUUGGAACUCCGCUGAACCCCUAUACCACUCGCGUUCUGCUCUGUACCUAUUCCAUCGUAAGCUGAAGCAGUUGAAACCAGCUAUCAGGCUACUAAACAAAUCACGGUUUGGCAACAUACCUCUUCGAGCAAAGGAGGCAUUUCAAAAUCUUUGUGAUAUGCAAGAGCAAGCUCUCGCAACGCCGAACACUGCCUCUUUUAACAGUGUCUCAGAAGCAAUGGACACAUGGAAUCAUUGGGCAAGCAUUGAAGAGCGUUUCUACAUGCAGAAGUCUCGCAUAACCUGGCUCAUGUACGGUGAUCAGAACACUACUUUUUUCCACAAGAUAGUGCAAACCCGUACAUCUUUCAAUGCCAUCAGAAAGCUGGUCUUACAAAAUGGAGAUAUCAUCACAGACCCUACUGCAAUCAAGCAAGCAGCAGCAAGCUACUUUGCACAAUUUAUAGGCCCGACUGAAAGUCCUGCACCUAAUGAGGCUCUCAUUGACCUGCCGGACCUUCUGGACUUCUGCUGUCCUGAUCGUACUGCUGCUCUGCUGGUGCACCCCGUAUCAGAGGUAGAGAUUAAAAAUGUCAUAUUCUCUAUGCCAUCCAAUAAAGCUCCAGGGCCUGAUGGAUAUCCCGUAGAGUUCUACCGUGCAGCUUGGCCCAUCAUCAGCCGGGACUUUACCAUCGCUGUCCAGUCGUUCUUUAUGUACGGUUUCCUCCCUAAGGGGGUUAAUGCCACUACCCUGGCACUCAUCCCUAAGGUUCAAGGUGCAGAAACUCUAAAAGAUUUCUGGCCUAUAUCUUGUUGCAACAUCCUUGGACCAAACCAGUGUGCAUUCAUCAAGGGUCGUCUUCUACUUGAAAACGUCCUACUUGCUACUGAGCUAGUCAAGAACUAUCAUAAGAACUCUAUUGGUCCUUGCAGUGUUCUGAAACUUGAUAUCUCCAAAGCUUUCGACUCAGUAAAGUGGUCUCUUAUCUUAGACACCCUGCGAGCAAUGAAUAUCCCAGAUCAGGGUUUAAGACAGGGAUUUGCUCUCUCCCCAUAUCUCUUUCUCAUCGCUAUAAAUGUUCUGUCUUGUCUACUAAAUAAAGCAGCAUUGGCAGGAAAGAUUGGCUUCCACCCUACUUGUUUCGAGGUAAACCUCACACACUUAAGCCUCGCUGAUGACAUUAUGAUCUUCACCAAUGGAGACCCAGCAUCACUCCGUGGUAUCUUCGCCACACUGGAUGAGUUUGCAGCGACUUCGGGUCUCAUAAUAAACCCUGCAAAGUCAUCCAUCUUCAUGGCAGGGUGA